AUGUCGGCCGCCAAACCUGUGCUAUUGAUGGUGCACGGCGCCUGGCACGUGCCAAGUCAUUAUGACAUGCUGAAAGUCGAGCUCCAAAACUUGGGCUUCGAGUUCAUCUGUCCUGCUCUACCCACGAUGAGCGAGGGAAGAGGUGGGGUGGACUACAUGGCUGACGUGCAGUUUGAUACCCCUUUACUCGACCAGGGGAGGGAGGUCGUCAUCAUGGGACCUUCUUAUGGAGGCGUGCCAGCAACUAUAGGGACGGAGGGUUUGGGCGUCGAUGAACGUCGAGCACAAGGCAAGUCCGGCGGAUUUAAGAAGAUUAUCUUCGUUGCCGGCUUCGUUAUACCGCAGAAGAACACGAGCAUGAUCGAUGCCUUCGGUGGCUCUUGGCCGGAUAUGUUUGACGUCGGCGAGCCCGGCACGAAGAGCCGAUCAUUCCCCAAAGCGCAAGCACAUGGAGUCCUCUUCAACGAUCUACCGCCGGCGGAGGCCCUGCGCAAUGCUCAGCUACUGGUCCCCCAAUAA